CAUACAAAAACAAAGACCUCAAUAUCAAAAUGGUUCAUUACAUCACUUAACUAAUUAAAAUAUCCAGAAUGAUAUGAAGAGUCUUAGAAAUUAAAAUUUAUUAUAAUGAUCCCCGUUCCUGAUGUUGAGGACGUCAGGUCACAAUCCAGGUGAGAGAAUAGAAAAUUGCUCCAGUUAUCAGAAACUUAUACCAAACUUCCUUUAAUUACUUUUUCUAACCAACAAUCACAACAUCGCUACUCGCUUUUUCCUUGCAUUAGUAUUUUGUUCAUUAUUUCUGGUCAGGUCAGCUUAACAUAGCUAUGCUAAAUAUAUAUAUAUAGCAUGGCUUUAUUAUGGCAUGGAUUCUCUUCAUGCUUUUCCGGAAUUUUAAUCGUACCAGAAUGCUUAAGCUUUGUUGACUCGUUGCAGUCCUAGAUAUUAAAUAUUUCGAAAUUUGAAGGAAUCGUGAGAAACAUUAAUGAAAAAAAUACCAGUGUGACGCUUUUAGACCGCAGCAUUGUAAAACCCUUCAUUUAAAUAGCGCGAGCAUUAUUUGAAUAUUCCAUAAAUCCGUUGUAUCUUGCAGCAGUAAGUGAAAAAGUUAUAUUCUAAAAUGUGGAAGAUCCGUUAUAUUAUUUUAACCUGGCUCGUGUGCUAUUUAACGUCGGCACAAGAGUACUUACCACCCAAACCAAAUGGAGGGGGCAAAAAACCAAUUUCAGAACCAACACUGCCAAUAAAUUAUGAGUUUACUUAUGACGUGCAAGACAACGCCGUCUCUUUAGACUUCGGACACUCGGAGAAACGUAAAGAUGAUCGGGCGUCUGGAUCUUACCACGUGCUCUUACCAGAUGGCAGAACUCAACUAGUGGAGUACGAAGCUGGCCCAGAUGGAUAUAAACCACAAGUUAUGUACAUGGGUACAGCGACAUAUCCCACUCAGACUGGAACUGGGACAGGUGGUGACAAGUUCGAAGGUUACCAUUACAACGCAGCAUCGAAUAGACAGAGCGUUAGACAAUCCGCUCGCAGUGGAGCUCGCCAACCCGCUAUCGCCCCCUCACCAGCACCCGCUCCACCCGUGCUAUACGCUCCAGCCGAAAAUACCACAGAGUAAAAUAUUUAACGAGAUAUAUUUUAUUAACUUUCGAAUAGUUACAGAAAUAUUUAUUUACCAGAUAUCUGUAAUGGCUAUAAAAAUAUCGUUAUGAUACAUAUACAGGAAGUCGUAAA